AUGGGAAAUCAUGCUGUGCCGAUGAAAAGGACGGCAGUGCGUCUCGUCAUUGCGUUCUUCGUCAUGACGACAGUGUUUUUCGUGGUUGAUCCGUUCGACAUGAUUGCUGUUGACCGUGGUGCGGAGCUUGACACGCAUCAACUUCACCGUGCCCUCGGCGUGGAUGGCCCAGCGCUGCGCUACAUUACACCGAGUGUUCUCCGCACGUGGGCCGAGCGUGACUUCCUGAUUGUGUUUGGCGUCCCGUCGGUGGACAUCGAUGCGAGGCGGAGGCGCCGCAACCUGCAGCGGACGACGUGCUGGCGCUUCCUCGACGUUGCGACGAAGGCGAACAGAUUCACAGGCGCGAUGCUGGUGCUGUACAUCAUGGGCCGGCACCCGUCGCACAACUACAUAUACUCCGCAGAGCUGCUGGAGGAGGCGGCGGAGUGGCAAGAUGUGAUUGCGCUGUCGAUGAAUGACGCUUUGCCCACGACAAACAGAACAAUUGCCAGUGGGCUGUUCUGGGGUAUGGAGGCAGAGAUCGGCAUGAGCCGCAAGACGUUCCUGUGGUUCGACAUGGCGCUGCGCCUCUUCCCCAAGGUGCCCUACAUUGCGAAGGGUGACGAUGAUAUCUUUAUGCGUGUCCCACAGUACCUAGCCGACCUGCGGAUUAUGCCACGCCGCGGGCUUUAUAUGGGUGUUUAUGGCAUGAGUAAGUUUUUGAUUGAGCAACGCUAUAUUGAUGUUUUUUUCAUGAUUGGAUUCUGUUACACAAUGGCGAGAGACGUUGCGGAGCAGUUCGUGUCAUAUGAGCCACUGCGUCGUCUUGUUUCUAUACCUUACAGCAAGGAGCGGGAGAGUGAAUUCCGCUCCAUCCACAUGGACCACGAGGAUUGUAUGGUUGGGCGGGUGCUGUUAAAUGAGCUGAAGUACCCUUCCGUGGUGAUUGCUGCAGCUGCCCCGUGCCGCUACAAUGAUGCCCGUAACCAGACUGGGCACUCUUUGGUGACACCAAAGUCUGUUGUCGUUCACCACGUGCUGGAGAGUGACUACGCUGAACUGAUGGAUCGUUUUCGCAAUGACACAAAUCCCCCACCGUCAUCAUUGUGGAACCGUGGGAAUAAUUUCUCUUAUAUCUCCUGUGACCCCUGA